CUCGCUUGAGACGGUUGUGUUAGCGCUUAGUUUUGCGGUACGUGUUUAACUUGAAUAAACAAAUAGACGAACGAACGGUAGACUUAGUUCAAAAAUAUAUUCAUACUCUUGAGUUAUGAGUAUAGCGAGCGAGCGACGGACGGAAACAAAUCAGCAGUUUUUAAUUAAUCAAAACGAUAGAAGCGCGCGCGAUUAUUCACUUGCUCACUCAAUAGAAUAAAAAACAAUAACAAAAGAAAAAAGGCAAAAAAUCAAAGAAAAAAUAAAAAAGCAAAAAAAAGAGAAAAAACAAAACCAGAAGUGCUUUCAAUCAAUUCCAUAGCAAUUAAAGAAUGAUAAAAAUUGUUGGCACUUUUUUUUUUGUAUUGUUGCUUGGUUUAAAAAUCAAAAUAGGAAAUUAGCAUAAAAGUGCUUAAAUUGAAAUAAUUAACAAGUAUUUCUUUAGUUGUUCUUGUUGUAUGAAACAAAUUGGCAAGUGUUUUUUGUUUUGUCUUCAAGUAGCGGCACAUGCGUUCAAAACAUAGAAAUCAUUAACAAAAAAAGUUUGUGUUCUAAGUCUUUUGUUUUGCGUAGAGCAUUUCGCUUUUGAAAUAAAAAGUGCUUACCCAAGAAAUAUGCAAAAAAAUUGAAAAUUUUGUGUUCAAAAAUCCCAAAGCUAAACUAGAAAAUGUCACUUACAAACUUUUCCUUGCCCUUUGGGGCCCUAACGCAGUCUUCGGUGCCAUGGAGUCCCACGGUAUCACCAUUGCAUCCCAUACACCAUCAAUUGGCAGCAAGUACAAAUAAUCUUCUCUACUCUCCGGUGGAUCAUCAACAGCAACCCGAUGAUGGGGCAGCACCGCCAGCUGGUUCAGAUUUCUAUAAGAAUAAUCCCUAUGCCCCACCGCAACAGACAUCGUAUCAGUAUAGUAGCAACAACAAUAACAACAACAACAACAACAGCAAUGGUAGGCGUAAAAAUACAUACUUACCACCAAUACCACCACCAGGUACUCGUAAUACCCAAUAUCAUCAUCAAGCGCAGCAACAACAGCAGCAACAGUAUCAUCAACAUCCACCACAACAAUUUAGUCACAUUAACAGCCAUCAGCAACAGCAGCAACAAACACAACAGCAUUUAGCACCGAAUAACCAAAAUGUGGUUUACAAAACUGCAGUCUCAUCCACGUCAUCGUCAUCCUCCUCCUCUACGGCCACAUCGAUAGCUUCAGCACUAACCUCCAACUCAGGUAGUUCGAAUACUCGCACUUAUGGCGAGGGUAGUUAUUCGAGAUUUCCACAGCCUCAAAAUAAUAAUAAUAAUAACAACAACAAUAACAAUCAGCAACCACCACCAUUGCAACAGCAACAACAACAACACCAACAGUACUUUAAUUCAUUUGCCUCAUCUAAACAAAAUCAUCAACAAACUCGUAUAACUGCAGGAUCUUCACAGGGUGGUGUCGGUGCCAAUGGUGCUCCAACAAAUGCAGCCACUAAUUAUGGCAUAACUGGUCCCAAUAUUGAGACGCCUGCUGCCACAUAUGGUGUUGCUGCUGUUGGCAAUAACGCUGAUAAUUCCGCUACUCAAAAUCCUGCUGACAAUUCAAAUGAUCCCUAUCCCGAUAGACCACCAGGCUUUACCAGAGUCCAAGCUGGCCAAGGUUCUAGAACGGGGGUACAUGCUGUUUUGGAUUAUGAUCUGGAAGAGGGCGAGGUAGAAGAUGAAAAUUAUUAUGAUGCUGAAGAUCAUGGUGAGGCGGUGAAAGAUGGUUCCCACAAAUCAUCACCAAUGCCUACCGUCACACCAAUUCAAGGACCAAUUUACCUCAAAAACGGCACCGUACCUGUGGUGCCACUCUUCCAUUAUCCCACGUUCAAUAAUGGUUCAUUUGUACAGAUACCAAUAUGGUGGACAGCACUAUCAGUGGCUUUGGGCCUCGAUGUACGCGGCGAUCUGAUAAAAGGUGUACCCUGCAUAAAACGUUAUCAUCAACUCUUCUGUCCGACAGCUGGCAACAGUUAUCCCAUUGAGAAAAUUGAACGUUUCAUUGAUGACAACAAGGCCUUAAUGCGGCGCAUGUAUGGUGAUUUUGAAAUGAACAUGGAUAAUGGUGGCCCCAGACAGCAGACUAAGAAGCGAAAAAGACGUUUCAUUGAUGAACCCGAUAUUUUCUUGCCACCUGGAGCCUUUCCUUCCUUUGUGGCCGACGAUGAGGUGGAACCACAUGCUGAAGAACAUGGUGAAAGUUAUUUUGGAAAAUUGCGCAAAAAACGCCAAUCGAACCAGGGAAAUCGAAAUCAAGGCAAUCGUAAUGCCAAGCAGUCAAAUGGACCUGGUGGUGGAGGAGCUUCGCCGACAGGAAGACUGGAUGCCUGUGAAUCUAAGGUUGAAAUUGUCACCCCAUACUGGGCAUCAAAUUCGGCUGGUAAAAUAAGGGCCAUAGUAAAUACACAACAUUUUGAGCAGGCAAUACAUCAGGAAAUAUGCUCGAAAGCUCAAACGCCUCGUUGCGUAGGUGAAUGUGGUUGCGAGCAGAAAUACAAAUGGCAUCGCCUGCUGGCCUAUGAUCCCGACAAUGAUUGUAAGGGAAUUUUCAUGGAUUGGUUCCUGUUUCCUUCAUGUUGUGUUUGCAGAUGUAAUCCUUAAGCUUAAAAUAAUAAUAACCACAAAAAGAUGAAGAAGGGGGAAAACCUCUAAAUAGACUUUAAAUAAAUAAAAACAUGAAUACUUAUAAACUAUUAAAAUUAGUGUUGAUUUAUUCCGAUUUUGUUGUUGACUAUGAAAACAGAAUUUUACUUUCUAAAUGAUUUUAAUAAUUUUAAUGUUUACCUAAAUUGCUUUG